AUGACAUUUCUAAAAUAUUUGUUUCUAAACUUGCAAAAAGUAACAAAUAAGAUAUAUAAUGAUUUUUAUCAUCGACCAAUACCUCUUCGUUUAACAAGACAAGAACAAAUAUCCUUUGAUAAAGCGGAAACCUGUCAUAUUUGUAAGAAAGAAUUACUUACUGAUAAAGUUAGAGAUCAUUGCCAUUUUACUGGUCAAUACCGUGGAGCUGCUCAUAACAGUUGCAAUCUUCAGUGUAGGAAGCCAAUGAUUCUUCCAGUUAUAUUUCAUAAUCUACAAGGGUAUGAUGCACAUUUGUUUAUAAAACAACUUUCUACUAUUCCAGGUGAGUUAAACUGUAUUCAAUCAACAGAAGAAAAAUAUAUCUCGUUUUCCAAAAAGAUUAAGGUUGAUGAGUAUAAAUCUAGACACACUGGAGAAAUGAUUUCAUUGUAUUUUGAAAUAAGAUUUAUUGAUUCAUUCAAGUUUCUUCAAACAUCCCUUGCUAAUCUUGUUGGAAAUUUACAACCAGAUGAUUUUCACAACACAAAAGAAAUAUUUAGUGAAAAUAUAAACCUACUAACUCGUAAGGGGGUUUAUCCUUAUGAUUAUGUUUCCUCAGAUGAAAAACUAUCUGAAAAACAAUUACCUCCAAAAGAAGAAUUCUAUUCAAAACUAAAUGAUGAAGGUAUAUCAGAUGAUGAUUAUCAACACGCUAGUAAUGUCUGGAAUACUUUUAAAUGUAAAACAAUUAGAGAUUAUCACGAUCUCUACCUAAAGUCUGAUGUUCUACUUUUUUCAGAUGUAUUUGAAAACUUUAGAAAAACUUGUCUAAAACAUUACAAUCUAGAUCCAGCACAUUACUAUACAUCUCCUGGUUUAGCCUGGGAUGCAUGUCUCAAAGAAACAGGUCAAGAAUUACAACUGUUGCAUGACUAUGAUAUGUUGAUGAUGUUUGAAAAAGGUAUUCGUGGAGGAAUAUCUCAUAUAUCAAAAAGAUAUGCAGAAGCGAAUAAUAAAUACAUGACUGAUUACAAUCCUGAUGAACCUUCUACUUAUAUUCAAUACCUCGACGCAAAUAAUCUUUACGGUUGGGCAAUGUCACAAUCACUUCCAACACAUGAAUUUAAAUGGAUAAGAGAUUUAACAAAAGAAACUGUAAUGAACAUUCUAGAGAAAGCAAAUCAUAGUAUGUCAGAUCUUGGAAGAAAAGGAUAUAUAUUUGAAGUAGAUUUGGAAUACCCUCCUGUUUUAUGGAAAUCACAUAAUGACUAUCCUUUAGCACCUGAAAAAAUGAUUGUUAACGGUGUUGAAAAACUAAUUUGUCAUUUUAAACCAAGAAAAAACUAUGUUGUACAUUAUCGAAAUCUUAGACAAUAUCUUGAGAUGGGAAUGAGACUUACUGCUGUUCAUAGAGGAAUAUCUUUUAAUCAGAGUUCUUGGAUGGAACCUUACAUAAGAAAGAAUACAGAACUUAGAAAAACAGCAGCCAACAGUUUUGAGAAAGACUUUUUUAAAUUAAUGAAUAAUUCGGUAUUUGGAAAAACAAUAGAAAACAUAAGGAAAAGACAAAAUAUAUUUUUAGUUGAUGAUCGUAAGAAAGCUUCAAAAUUAACAAGUCGUCCAAACUUUGAUAGAGCAACAAUAUUUGAUAAAAAUCUUAUUGCAGUUCAUAUGAAAAAAACUGAAGUAUACUUUAAUAAACCAGUAUACGUUGGACAAGCAAUUCUAGAUCCGUCAAAAACAUUAAUGUUCAAUUUUCAUUACAACUAUAUUCAAAAGAAAUAUAAACACAGGGCAGAGUUAUUGUUUACAGAUACCGAUAGCUUGAUGUAUCAGAUUUAUACAGAUGAUUUUUACAAGGAUAUAUCCUAUGACAUAGAAGACAAGUUUGACACAUCUGAUUAUCCUCCUGAUCACCCAUCUGGAAUAUUGACAGGAGUUAACAAAAAAGUUAUCGGUAUGUUUAAAGAUGAAGUAGCAGGAAAACAGAUUACUUAUUUUGUUGGAUUGCGACCCAAGCUAUAUAGUUUUAAAAUAGAGGAAAGUGAAGAAGUUCGUAAAUGUAAAGGUAUAAAGAAAAAUGUUGUAACAAAAGGGAAUAGAAUUUGAAGACUAUGUUCAUUGUUUAUUUUCCGGUGAAAAGCAAAUGAGAUCUAUGAAAAUUAUAAGAAGUGAAAAUCAUGAUAUAUAUUCAAAAGAAGUAAAUAAAAUAGCUCUGAGUAAUGAAGAUGAUAAAAGAACGGUAUUAGAGGAUAAAGUAAAAACAUUUGCUUUAAGAUAAUAAGAUAUAUAAUAAAUGACUUACACAAAAGAAGAAAUAGAAAGAUAUUUAGAAAUAUUAAGAAAAUAUAACACCCAAUCAGAAAGGGAAAUAUGUACAAAAGUUAGAUGUAGGAAUUGUCAAAGCGAUAGUUUCUUAGUUGAAUCAGGUUAUAAUAUUUGCGAUUCUUGUGGGUUAACUAAUGGUCAUGUUCUUGGUUAUUUUGACUUGAAAGAGUACGAUCGAUUACAUUUUCGAAAGAAGAGUAUUUAUCAGAGAAAGUAUCACUACGAGAAAAAGGUUGAUCAAGUUUCCAAAAGACUACAUCUAACUGAUGAUCAAAAGUGUGAACUGUACAAUAAACUAAUGAAUAUAGAUAACCACGUCAUGGAAAUACUAAACAAACAAUUUUGUAGAAAGAGAAUGAUAAGCAUUUUUUAUCUAAUCAAAAAACUUUUGGAAGAAAUGGGUUGUGAAAAGUACAAACUAGUUUAUCUUAAGAUUUCCAAACAAACUAUGGAGAAUUAUGAAAAGUGGUGGGAUAGUUACAAAUCACUCCUUUGUGAAAGAUCCAGUAAAUAA